AUGGUUGUUAAAAGGCCGUUGUUACUAUGGCUACAGUUGUUGGCUGCACGUCAAUUUACGAAUCAGCCUGCUCCUCCUGAAUGGGAUUACCGGGAUACAAAUAGCUGGGUUGCAGAUUAUCCGCAAUGUGGAGGAACACGACAGUCACCGAUAAAUUUGGACAAUCGCGGUAUUAUUGGGUCAAAUAUUCCCCCAUUGCAAUUCCAAAACUACGCAAAGUCUUUUUCUCGUGGACUAACAUUGGUAAAUAACGGACUUAGAGCGGACAUCGCAAUACCCGAAACUGUUCGUGGCACACGACCAACCAUUAGCGGUGGUCUGCUGAAUGAUGUCUACGAAGCGCAAUCGGUGCAUUUCCAUUGGGGCUCGCCAGGUGGUGUUAAGGGCUCUGAACAUACUGUAAACGGCAACCAUUAUGAUGCCGAAAUUCAUAUUGUGCAUAAAAAUAUGAAGUACGGCAAUGAAGAAGAGGCUAUGCGAUUUCCAGACGGUCUGGCUGUGCUAGGCAUUAUGAUUAAGAUUGCGGAUAACCCUAACAGGCACUAUCCGGGUCUGAAUAAGGUUUUAAACAAAUUACCGAGAAUUGCAGUGGCUGGAACUAAUACAACUAUGAAUCACAAAUUAGCUCUCAACCACUUCCUAGGGGAUGUAGAUACGACUAAUUUUUUCGCCUACAGAGGUCUAGAUGAAUCACCUGAUAUACGGCCAUGA